CGUCCAUUUAAAAAAAAAAUGAUACCCAAAUCUAUUUGAUUUCUCUCUCCUACGGUGUCCUACCCCUUUACUGUUUCUUUCUCUUCCACCCAUCUCCCUCAUUUCUCUCUCCUACCCCUUUACUGUUUCUUGCUCUUCCACCCAUCUCCCUCCAAACCUUCCCCUAAACCACCAAAUUCAACCUAGAAUUUGUGAUUUUUUAAAAAAAUUUCUCUCUAAUACUUCAAACAUUACUUCCACAACUGAACUUCUCAACUCCUCUCAUUUUCUCUCUCCUCCUUCUCCUCCUACCUUCUCCACCUCUUCCAUGGCUUCCGCAUUGCAGUAUCCGUCUUCUCGUCGUGAUGAUUCUGUCGGCGGCGAUUAUUUCGGCGUCAAAAUCGCCAAUCCUUAUCGAUGGACACACUUACACACAGAUCAGUUACAACCGAAAGCUGAUGGCGAGCGAAGGUGCAAAACUUGAUCAUGAAGAUGAGCUUUCGGAACCACUACUGUUCUCUAUAGAAGAUAUGGUGGAGAAAAGUAUUGGAUGCUUAAAUUCAACUCAAAUCUUGCAAACCAUGCUUGCAUCUCUACCACCAUUCUUUGACAGCCAGCAAACAUUCAUCAGUGUCUUUGCUCAUGCUCAACCAACAUGGCACUGCACAGGUACUAAUAACAGCAAUUUGUCCUGCAGUUCCAAUAACUCAGACAUAUGCAGCCUUUCGAAGGCCGAAUGGGCUUGGGAUUCUACCAACGUGCACACUUCGAUCAUAUCAGAGUGGAAUCUCGAGUGUGCUAGCUCAUUCAUGACUAGCUUCCCUACUACUUGCUACUUUGUAGGUUGCUUCUUGGGUGGUUUACUGCUAGCUACACUUGGUGAUUCGAAACUUGGCCGAAAGAAUCUCCUCUGUUUUUCAUCCUUGGUAAUGUCCUUUGCUGCACUUGCCUCCACGUUUUCUCCUAAUUUUUGGGUGUAUUCAGUAUUUCGUUUCAUAAGUGGGUUUGGCCGUGCUCCAUUAGCCAUCUCUGCACUGGUAUUGCUGACCGAAAGAGUUGGCAAAAGAUGGCGGUCACAGGCAGCUAUGGUUGGGUUCAUACAUUUCUCAUUAGGAAUAUUAGUUUUGACUGCUAUUGCAUAUCUAACCAAGGCUUUUUCCUGGAGAAUGUUGUAUCUAUGGACUUCCAUUCCUGGAAUCUUAUGUUCAAUAGUAUGCUAUUUCUUCCUCUUAGAAUCCCCUAGAUGGUUGUUCAUGCAAGGGCGAACCAAGGAUUCCAUGGCCGUCUUAAGAAAACUAGGAUCAACAACUCAUGAUUACUAUACAAAUACAACCUCUCUUAUGACAAACAUUAGAACUCAGCAAGAGACACCAAAUGAUAGUAGCACUAGUUCCUUUGCAUCUCUCAAGAUUCUAUUCAAGAAAAGAUGGGCUAUCAAACGGUUGUUAGCUGCAGUAAUCUUAGCUUUUGGCAUCGGUCUUAUGUACUUUGGCAUGUUUUUAGGGGUUGGAAACUUAGGUUUCAAUAUCUACUUAACCUCAACAUUUAGUGCAUUAAUAUCCUUAGCUUCAUAUCUGCUUACAUUCCUCUUCUGGGUGCAACGAUGCAACAGAAGAAGUUCGUUGCUCGGAUUCUGCGUGAUAAGUGGAGCAACAAGCAUAAUGUUCUCCAUACUAGGCAAGGAUGGUCAUGAGGGAAUAUUAAUUGGCCUAGAGUUGGUGUCUCUAUUUUGUGCCUGUAUGGCGUACAACCUAGUGUUGAUGUAUACGGUGGAGCUCUUUCCUACCUGUGUUAGAAACUCGGCCGCGUCAUUGGUGAGGCAGGCGAUGAUUUUUGGCUCGGUUUUUGAUCCGGUGUUGAUUCUUCUUGGUAGGACAAAUAUGUUUUAUUGCUAUGGAGUAUUUGGUAUCAUAGUGCUUGUAUGUGGAUUGUUGGUUCUUGGUUUGCGAGAGACUAGAGGUAAGGUGCUAUGUGAUACCAUGGAGGAACAAGAGUUUAGGGAUUCUACUAGCAAGUCAAUAAUUUGAUUCUUUUUGAGAUGAGAUGAAAGAUCAAUUAUUGAGAUUGAUCUGAUUUUCACAUGGUACAGUUGUUGAGACGAUUAUUGUUUCAAUGAAGCCUGCACGUUUAUAUGCUGGGAAUGAAGAAGCUUGGAAACUUCUAUGUGUGUUGUGCUCUUGGUUUUAUAGAGAAGAUUUGAUAUUGUCAUAUAUACAUUAUUUCGUAUUAA